AUGGCGUUGCGCUCAGGUGCCUCCUUUGCUUUCAACUGGGGCAACCGCUCUGCACCCGCGCCCCCAUCUCCCUCACGAACCAUCUAUCUCGACUCAACACUGUCAGAAUGGAAGGGUAAAGACGCCAUUCGAGUUGACGUGUACGAACCGUCGGCCGACACGCAGCCAAGUCAAGCCCGUGCUGCCGCCGAUCCUGUCAAGCGUGUCGGUGUCAUCAACCUCCACGGCGGCGGCUUCAUACUGGGCUCGGGCACAGAUGAUGCCCGCUGGGCCUGCGCCGUGGUCGAGUCUCUCGACGCCGUUGUCUUCUCCGUCAACUACCGGCUGGCCCCCGGCUACCCAUUUCCUACCCCUGUUGAAGAUACUCUCGACUCUAUUCUUCAAAUUUAUGCACGUGCGGGAGAAUUCAACGUCGAUUCGAACCGUCUCCUCCUUUCCGGCUUCUCAGCAGGCGGCACCCUCUCACUGGCCGCGUGGGUGAUCCUUCAAGACCCUUCUCGCUGGGGGUAUGAAAUUUCAUCGUCUCCCUCGAUCGCGGGUCUUGCACUAUUCUACCCGCUUCUCGACUUCACCACGAGCCGACCGGUUAAGCGCCGGUUAUGUGUCAAGCCGCACGAGACACUUCCCAAGAGUAUGACAGAUCUUUUUGACGCUUCGUAUAUCCAUCCUGCCAUCCCCUACGACAACCGCGACGACCCCCGCCUCAGCCCCGGUCUCAUGCCGCUCGAGUACAUGGAGCGACUGCCGCCAGUACACCUUUGCCUUUGCGAGAUGGACAUGCUCCUCACUGAAGGCCUCAAGUUUGCCGAUAAUCUGCGCGAAGCAGGUGUCACAGUCACCUCGAGGGUCGUGCUGGGAGAGAAGCACGCGUGGGACAAGCCACCCCCAUUCGCGCCCAAAGCGAGCGUCUCCGUGGAAUACCAGGCGGCCAUCGUUGCCAUGCGACACUGGCUCAGCGACGACGGAGCCAAGUUGACGCAGGCGGCUGUUGGGGCUGUCAACGAUCAGACUCAGGUAGCAGACGGCGCGCCACUAGACACGAGAUCAAGAGUAGAAAGGGGCGGUAUUCUGAUCGACCUCAUCACUCAUGGUAUACUGCAGAGAUCAUCAGAAGGUUCCAACUCGUGA